AUGCGCAGGGUUGUGGUUACAGGAUUAGGCGCAGUCACUCCUCUUGGGAUAGGUAUACGACGCACAUGGAAACGACUUUUAGACGGCCACUGUGGCAUUGUUUCGGUAAAAGAUAGAGACCCCAGGUACAAAGAUUUACCAUGCCAAAUCGCUGCUCUGGUCCCCGAAGGGCCCAAAAGUGAAGGUGGUUGGAAUGCUUCAGAUUGGUUGAGCCGUGAUGCGGAGAGAAAGACAGCAAAAUUUACACAGUAUGCCCUGGCAGCUGUUGAAGAGGCUUUGGAAAAUGCAGGCUGGAAGCCUACCACUCGUGAAGAGAGGGAAAUGACUGGUGUAUGCUUGGGAUCUGGUAUUGGGAAUUUUGACGAGAUAUACGAUACCUCCCUAGCUUAUGAUAAAGGGGGCUACAGAAAGAUUUCGCCACUCUUUGUUCCCAAGCUCCUUAUUAACUUAGGUGCUGGGCACAUAUCGAUGAAAUAUGGAUUUUCCGGGCCAAAUCAUGCAGCCACAACUGCAUGCACAACUGGCGCCCAUUCAAUUGGUGAUGCAUCCCGCUUCAUUGCUUGCGGAGAUGCAAAUGUAAUGAUAGCGGGGGGCGCCGAGUCAUGCAUACACCCGUUGGUCAUCGGGGGGUUUUCCAGGUGCCGAAGCCUUGCUACAUCAUACAAUGACUCACCGGAGAAAGCCUCAAGACCAUUCGACAGAGACCGUGAGGGAUUUGUUGUGGGAGAGGGUGCGGCAGUUAUUGUCUUGGAGGCACUUGAACAUGCGAAAUCCCGCGGUGCGAAUAUAUAUGCUGAACUCAGGGGCUACGGCUGCUCCGGAGAUGCAUACCACAUGACGGCACCGAAGGAUAGCGGCGAGGGCGCUUUAUCCGCUAUGAAACGGGCACUGAGGGACGCUCAAGCCCCUCCUGGCAAGGUUGAUUACAUCAAUGCACAUGGAACGUCGACGGUUAUUGGAGACGCGGCGGAGAACUUUGCGAUUAAAUCUCUUCUGCUUGGCCAGUGGGGGAAGGAGAGGGCAGCUGACAUCAACGUCAGCAGCACGAAGGGCGCUAUAGGGCAUUUGCUGGGGGGUGCUGGGGCGAUUGAGGCGGUGUUUUCUGUUCUGGCCAUUCAUGAGAACAUACUGCCUCCUACGAUCAAUCUGGAUAAUACGACGGAUGAAUUUGACUGCAACUACGUGCCCAAUGCUGCUCAACAGAGGCGGGUUGAUUUGGUCCUGACCAACAGCUUUGGCUUCGGGGGAACGAAUAGCAGUAUUUGCUUUGCUCGAUAUACCAAUAUUUAA